AACUCCAGGAUAGUAUUGUAUUGAGUUCAGCUGUAAUGUGAAGAUCAAAGAACAGAUGGCAAUGUUUUCCUCUACAUCUACUUCAGGUAACAGUCCUCUCAUGUCUGGAGGGUCAUUCCAACCACAGCACAGCACCCCAGUUAAGGCUGUGAACGAAAAGGGGUCAGCAAUGUUCCCUGCAGGGGGUGCUGACGUCCCCACCCCUGUCCAGUCAGCGGUAACCCAGCCCUCACCGGCAGAGAGGGAUAUUAAUACUCUCAAAUCAUGUAUAAAUCAUACCAGCGCUCUCAGCCGAGAUGGUGCUGCAAGCAAGGGUGUUCUUCCUCGACCACAAGGAAGCUCUUCAAGGGGUACUGCCCGCGUUGAUUUCACCUCGGGACAUCAACAGGUGAUGUAUUCCACACUGAGUGAAGGUGAGAUGGGGAUCAUACAGAAGCAGCGUCAGGAGCUGCAGCUGCUCAUCUCCGAGUUGCGAGAUCGGGACCGUGAGCUCAACAGCAUGGUGUCUGCUCACCAGACUCAGCUGCUGGCAUGGGAAGAGGACCGACAGAAACUGCUCACAGCCGAACACAAGUCAGCUCACUACGAAAGUGAUAUCAAGGAGUACAAGAAAAGCUUAAACAAGCUGGCAGCGUACGUAAAGACUCUGAAGGAAGAGAGACAAAAGCAGAUGGCUGAUUUUCAGAAAGUACGUGAUGAGCUGAACAAGAUGAGUCAAGAAAACGGCAACCAGUCCAUGCAACUUAACGAAUUCCAGAUGAAGGACAGGAACAUGUCAGAGAAUGUUAAGGCUCUGUCUAAUGCCAUUGGUCAGCUGGAGGCCAGAGAAACAGAGCUGACCACACUGGUCAAGAUAAAGGACAAGGAGUUGUGUGAGGCGACUGUCCUCCUGAAUGAGAUGAGAGCGAGGCUGUCACAGAUGGACCUGCGCUGUAAGGAGGCUCAUGAGCUGGUGCUAGAGACGCAGAGGCAGGCCAAGGAUUGGAAACAUAAAUACACAGAGCUAAAGAGAGACCAUGGCAGGCUCAGAGAGAAUUUCAACAGCGUGAUGACUCAGUCUCAGAGCAGUUUACAGGAAAUGGAGGAGUCCCGCAGGAAGAUCAGCGACCUGGAGCGAGAGCUCGCUCUGGCAGGGGAGAGAGAGUGCAGAACUAAGGACAUGAUGGAGUCGCUGAAGUCCAAACAGGAGAGGAGUGCACAGGAGCUGACCACACUCAGACAGUUGUAUGACCGUCAGCAGAGAGAACUCUCUUUACUCCAGCUUAACCUGGACUCUUCUCAAGACAUCAUAGAAAAACAACAAGUCACCUUGAGCAAAAGCCAGUCAGAUCCAGGACUUCAGCUCAAUGCUUCUUCUACAAGGACAUCUUGUGUGAACUCUGAUGGAAUACCAGAGGUGAAUGCUGAUGGACUAGAGUACUGUUGUGAUGGAAUGUUGACAUCACAGAACGAAGUAUUAUCACCCCCAAAUGCACCAGCAGCCUUUGACCUUGAGACAAGGUCACCAGUAGCGCACAAAGAAACAUCAACUCCUCACAAUCCCUUGUUGUCAACGCAGCCAGAUUUAAUGUCUGGUAGCAUCGCAACAUCAGCAGUCGCAGAAUCUGAAGAUAAAGAGACAAGCUUGGAAGAGGAACGGCAGAAAUUUGACGAGUUGUACAUGAAGUUCUUGCAGGACCCAGACUGUCCUGGAACAGCAGAGUCCAGUCUGAUAUCUAUGAACACUGUAGACCUGGAGAUCUCUGUCACAAGUGGAAGAGAAGAGAGCGUCUCCCCAACCAGCAAACUCCACCGUCUGUUAGCCGAGUCUCGUCUGAUGGUACAGAAGCUAGAACAGUCCACUAUCACACACAGGGGGGAUGCCCCUACCCAGGUUGAGGCAGGCCAAAACUAGACCUCAUGUUGGUUUAGGGACGUCCUCUUUUAGCAAACCUGACUCCAUGCCUGUGGAGGA